CGACCUUAGCCUCAUUUCCGCCCGAUCUCGCAGACAUCGAGUGGAUUUGCAAAAUAUUUCAGAAAUGAGUGGAGAAACGUCUCUGAAAUUUCUAAUUCCCGAGAGUUCAUGCCAGAAAGAUUUUGAAGUUUGGGCUUUGUUUGCUGAUGGAGCAAAAGAAAGCGUUCUCCGUUGUGACUGGGUAAAGAAGUACUACUGUGACAGUGCUCCAGGAUAUACCCAUACACUUGAAAACAGCACUGCUCUAAUCACAUUACCACGUGACUUGGAAAAGAAACCUGACGAUUUCAUCUGUGACUCUCUCUUUAGGCCUAAGACUGACCCCAUCAUGUGCCUUUGCAAAAGAGCAGCCAUUAGUAUCCCGGUACAGUCUGACAGUGAUAGUCCUGAGCAGGUUGGUUUCAUCGCGGGCAUGGUGAUCGCGAUCUCGGUCAUCUUGUUCCUGGUCGUGUUUUUAAUCUACAAACGUUAUCGAACCUCAUCAAAGUCCAAACAUGAUCCUAAUGUGAGGCCUGAUGAGUGUCAACCUUUGAGGAAGGACUCACAGAAAUCUUUACUGACCUUUUUUCCAUGUGGAACUGUGCCUCCAAGAAAGAAGCCGAUGACGCAAUGGCCCCAUCCCGAACUUUACAACCUAAGAAGGAGAGAAUCAAUUUAACUGUACAGAAAAUCCACCUUCUAGAACUUUUUUCAUUAAAACAAGCACGUCAGGUGUCCUCCAGACUAACAAAGAUCUUUGAUGAGUUUUCCAGCUAUAUUGUUGUGUGUUUCUAUCCAUUUCAUCGAUGAUGAUGACUGGAAUGGUGAUGGGACUGGAAUGAUUUAUAUUUUUGAACAAACCAGGUGAGUAUAACAUAAGAGUGUUCACAGUACAGAGACAGAGUGGAGGAAGAGAGAGAGAGACGUCCUUCUUUGCAAAUAAUUUGUAAAACUUUUUAUUUGAUACCACUGUAUUACAAGAAAUACAUUCAGAUUUGUUUUUGCUUUGUUUGUAACGUCCCAACAAAUUGCAACAAUCCACAUGAUGUAAAUUUGCAGCUUUUUGUGAUGUUUUAAUAAGAUACUGGUACAGCUGAAUGUUAAAUGUGUGGUCAGUGACUGUACUUACAUACCUUGGUGUAUUAAAAAACCCAUUUGUAGGUUGACAAAGACUGCUGGUCUUUAGUAGACACCAAGCUCUCACCUUUGGCGCACAUAUAUGUCCAUUAUCAAGCCAGCAUCUAGUCACCUCUUGUUGCGUGCUUUAUGAAUUUGUACUGAACAUUACUUCAUGUAAUUAUUACUUAAAUUAUCAUGUAGUGACAAGGAUGGCACUUAAGAUGUAAGCAUGUCAUCGUAGCAGUUAGAAAACUGUUGUUAACCCAACACCUAAUUCUUUUAAGUAUAUUUGUGAAAUAAAACGGAAAUGAGACUUUUGUGUGUCAGGGACGCGUUCAAUUCACAAUUUCACACCACUCGAACUCACUGUGUACACAUGUCCCCACACGUGUUCUUUCGCUCAUUUAUCACAUAGAUUUGACGUGGGCAGCGACAUUUUUAUAAUUCAACAUUAAACAUUAAACACACACAAUAUUGCGAAUUAUAUACAGUAUGAAUGUCUUUCACGCGGCAUCAUUUAAAUCAAAUUGGACGAUUGUUGGUUUUUUUUUGAAUAGUUCUUUAAAUUCCUACUUACUCACACAACCACACUGCCUGGAGUAAUCGUCUGAGAGAGAAAAAAACUUCAUAGUAUAAUCCUCCUUUUCCCGGUCCAUAAAUUGAAAGUGCUGUCUCGGCAACACCUAGCUGAUGUCCACGAAUAAAUUCUUUUGGAAACAACACACAAGUUCCAAAGCGCAAUCUCCGCACACUGCGUCCGCCUGUAGUCCCUUCUCUCAGCCGUCUGCCGUCUUCCAAAUUCUUUUCUCUCUACGUACCAUCUAAAAUUGCGUCAUAAUAUGACGUCAGGUCCUGACGCCAAACCACGACGCAGCAACCAAACUCACACACUGGUAAGGGCAAUAAUCCCUGCGUACCUAAUCCUAACAUUGUGCACAUUCAGAAAUGGAUAUAUAUCUAUUUAACAUUUUUAUAUUAAAUAUGUUUAUCCUAAAAAUAAAUUGUUGUAGAAAAAUAACUCCUACUAGGAAUUUUUUAGACUCGCCAGUCUUCUGUGCUUGUAAGCUAUGCAUAUUAACCAUCUAAAAACAACUGCAAGGUCAUGAUUAUUGCAUGCAUAUCCCUAGCAGCAUCGGAAACCAUAAGCUCAAGGGGUCCACCAAGUUUGUCUUGAUCCGACUGUGAUACAGGGGGUCAAUCUAUCGCAAUGCUAGACUCGUCGGGCAUGCCGCUACCAGCGCAUGCGCACACAAGCCAAGCUCCACGCUCGCCGAGGCGAAACCAGAGUGCGGGAGAUCAUGCCCACAUAUAGGGUCGUGACCCCUAACAAUGGCAAUGACUCUUCGCCAUGGCGUGCUACAUACGACACAUGCGUGCAGGCAAAGCCGCCAUUUUCAAAUUGUGAGUCUACACGUUUCCCAACAGAAAGCUUCUCAAGCGGUCAAUUUCUAUACUGAUACAUGUGUUCGACGCUUCGAUAACAGUACGUAUAAUUUUAUACUCUAUAUUAACAUAGUUAUUGAGAUUUAACUACAGAAAUGUCCAAA